AUGGCAGCAGAUCCUUCGGGCAGCAAAACCUGGGAGCUUUCGCUGUAUGAAUUGCAUCGCACUCCUCAAGAAGCUGUCACGGACAACACGGAAAUCGCCGUGUCUCCGAGAUGUCUUCACAACGAGCUGAUGUGUCCAAUAUGCCUUGAGCUGCUCAAGAGCACAAUGACUACCAAGGAAUGUCUGCAUAGGUUUUGUCAAGAGUGCAUCAUCACUGCGCUGCGUUCAGGAAACAAGGAAUGCCCGACUUGUCGCAAAAAGCUCGUAUCCAAACGUUCUCUUCGCCCGGAUCCCAAUUUCGAUGAUCUUAUUGCGAAGAUUUAUCCCAGUCGUGACGAAUACGAAGCUCAGCAAGAGAAAGUCCUGGCAACGUUGAGCAAAAGCUGCAGUCAAGCCGCGCUCGUCAGUUCCAUCGAAGAAGGAAUGAAGCUCCAGGCACAAAAUAAACCUCAGCGUUCCAGAAAGACCAAUCCGACUCAAGGACCCGAU